AUGAAUGUGACAAUUUUUAGAUUUAUCAAUUACGUGAACGAAAUUUGUCAAUGUCAACAACAGAAAUCAAUCGUGAAAGCAGUUCAGAAGCUUGGAAUUCCAAGUUGGUUGGUGGAAAUUCGACACAAUGCUUCUCAUUCGCAUGUACCGCCUAUCAGCACGCUUCGAAAGGGCUUUGCAUUCUGCAGGGAAUGGAUUUGGGAGCAUUUCUGGACACGCCAACCCCACGAGGCGAUGAGAUCGGCUGGUGCUGUUGAUACGAACAGCGACGUCGUGGCGGCAGAGGCAGCACUACGAGAUCAGAAGAUUCAUAACGCCAUUGUAGCGUUCACCUUAUGGAGGAAUGAGGCGGGUUUGAUUCCUUUGUUAAUUCGAAAUGUGUAG